AUGGACCCAAAAGCCAAGGAUAAUGCUCCUAGACUAUCAGCAUAUCGAGAUCAACGUUUCCAGGUGAGGUUUAUAUUGUACUUGUUGUUGAAGUUUAGGGCGAUUGAUCUUCCGGCUUUUGAAGGUGCAUUAAGUUUCUUUUGGUUGAGAAAAAGCUGAAAAGGGGUACAUGGAUGCUUUGAAAUACGUUAGUUUGAUAAAUUUUGGUUGGUUUUCACUGGAUAUUGGAGAUUUUAUAUUGUAGUAGGUACCCAAAAGAGAUUGAAUUGUUUCGGUUGAGUUUUGACCUGAAUAAGAAGAAAUCUUUGUUGUAUUAGCAGCAGAAAAGAUUGCUGUUGCUGUGAGUAGUAAAAAUUCUAUGAUGCGACCACGUUUCCAGCUUUAUUUUUUCAAUUUUAUUUGGCCCAACCUAUUUUUCUGCAUGGAUAAUAUUUUUGAAGUUUCUAAAUUUCUUUUUCUUUCAGGGUUCUCUCCGUGAACAAGAAGGCCUUCUAUCUCAAUCAACAACGUUGUACGUCGGAAAUCUCAGCUACUACACAACAGAAGAGCAGGUUUAUGAGUUGUUUAUGAGAGCCGGAGAUGUUCGGCGAGUAAUUAUGGGUAUUCAUCGUUAUGAUAAGACGCCAUGCGGGUUCUGCUUUGUCGAGUAAGUUGGUUUCCGAAUUAUUCAGCUUGAUUUUUAGGUAUUACACUCGAGAUGACGCUGAAAAUGCGAUUAGAUAUAUAAAUGGUACAAGAUUGGAUGAUCGAGUGAUUAGAACGGACUGGGAUGCCGGAUUUAUUGAAGGGAGGCAAUAUGGUCGAGGAAAACAUGGUGGUCAGGUGAGAUUUUACUUUUUUUGUUCAUUUUUUAGGUGCUUUUGAGAAAGUAUGUUAUCCAUGAGACCUGAUGGAGAAGUUUUGGGUAUAAAUUUCUUUAUGCUGCUUUGUUCAGCAUGAAAUUUUGCGAAGACGUGCUCAGAGAUGUAACUCUGCUUUGUAUUUAAUUUUGUGUUCUAAAUGCGAAAGGUUUUUGAAUUGCAUUGAAAUUUUUCUAGGUAUGUCAUGGGUCAUGGAUAAUGUAAUUUUUAUGAGUAAAAGUAAAUGCAAGGCUGUAGUAAAUGACUCGAUGAGGUAGUGUAGGGUUUAUGAAUGAUUUGUAGAGCAAAACCUUUUACGAACACUUGAUUUUUAUCAUAAAUUUGCACUUUUGUCAUGGAUAAUAUCAAAAUUUGAUCUAAAAGAUAUAUUACUUCAUUUUUUGUGUUGUAAAUCGCUUAUAAGCCCUCAUUCCAUUUCAGGUUCGCGAUGAAUUCCGCAAAGACUACGAUGCGGGCCGUGGCGGCUGGAACAAAACCAUCAGUACGGGCAAUUAUCGCCAUGGCCGUUGA